CUAAUCAUCUUCUCAUCUGGGUUUCAUUUCGUUUUGGUUGUUUGUAAUGAUUCCAUGAUCCUCGGAAACGAAUUUUUUAUGUCUUCGACCAUGUGUUGAAUUCCUCCAUUUGGUAAUGAUCUCAUUCACCGUUUCUUGGAUUUUCGAAUUUCAAUUUCUCUGUGCCAUUCUUUCUCCUAUUUGUUAAUCAUUUCCGGUUACAGUGACUUUGAUCACUUUGAAAUCCCGUGUUCUGUUUGGGGAUUCUUCUUCUUUUGUGGAACGAGAUUUUGUGUUUUUGUGACUAUGAAAUGAUGAUUUGUGAUUUCAAUUUGGGACAAUAUGCAUUUGAAAGAGCAAUGUUUUUUGCUGCUAAGAGUCCACAAACCUUCAAUCCCUUUUGUUUUCAACACAAACACCACUCUCAAUCCACACAAUCACCAGAUCCAUAGAACAGAAUUGAGAGAAACUGAUGUCUUGAAGAGAUUGAAUCAUGAAAAAGACAUUACUUUGGCUCUUGAAUACUUCCAAUCCAUAUCCAAUUCGAAGAUGUUCAAACAUACGAGUCUCACUUACCAAACUAUUAUCCAAAAGCUUGGGGACGAAUGCGAUUUAGAUGGAGUUCAAUACCUCCUGCAGCAGAUGAAAUUGGAAGGCAUCAGUUGCUCUGAAGAUUUGUUCGUUAGUGUGAUCCGUUCUUACAGAAGAGCAGGAGCAGCUGAUCAAGCACUGAAAACAUUCUACAGAAUUCAAGAUUUUGGGUGUAAACCCACUGUUAAGAUUUAUAAUCAUCUGUUGGAUGCGUUGUUGAAUGAGAAUAGGUUUCAUAUGAUCAAUCCUAUUUACAGUAAUAUGAAGAGAGAUGGGAUGGAACCGGAUAAGUAUACAUAUAACAUCUUGUUGAAGGCAUUGUGUAAUAACAAUCGGAUCGAUGGUGCACGCAAGGUGCUCGUAGAAAUGUCUAAGAAAGGAUGUUCUCCAGAUGAAGUGAGUUACACGACGAUUGUUUCUUCUUUGUGUCAUCUUGGUAAGGUGAAUGAAGCAAAGGAGCUCGUUGAGAGUGUUAUCGGAGUUGUUCCUAUGGUUUCCGUGUAUAAUGCUUUACUCACGGGAAUAUGUAGAGAAGGCGAUUUAAAGGAUGCAUUUCGGUUGAUGGAAAAAAUGGUCGUUGAUGGGGUUACGCCCAAUGUAAUCACCUUCACAACAAUCAUAAACACCCUUUCGGAUCUUGGUGAAGUUGAGCUUUCGCUAGCGGUCUUCGCCAAGAUGAUCUUGAGACAAUGCAACCCAAACGUCUUUACUUUCACUUCUUUGAUUAAGGGUUUUUGGGCGAAAGGGAAAAUGGAACAAGCGUAUGAAGUUUACGACAAAAUGAACCGAGAGGGCGUUUUGCCAAAUGCCAUCACCUAUAACAUCAUGAUAAAUGGGUUUUGUUCUACUGGGAACAUGCAGAAAGCCGUGUCUUGUUUCCUUGAAAUGAAAAGAAGAUCGUGCACACCAAAUGUAACGACAUAUGGAACCUUAAUCAACGGCUAUGCAAAGUCCGGGGAUUUGAUAGGUGCAUCGGAGACAUGGAACGAGAUGAUGACACAAGGAUGCCACCCGAAUGUUGUGGUGUACACAUCCAUGGUGGACGUCCUUUGUCGUAAUUUCAUGUUCGACGAAGCCCAUCGCCUUAUUGACACCAUGAACUGCCCACCAAAUGCGGCAACCUUCAAUGCAUUCAUUAAAGGUCUCUGCAAAAAUGGAAAGGUAGAUUCAGCAAUGAAGUUAUUCCUCCGAAUGGGAAGCUCGGCUAAUUUGACAACGUACAACGAGCUUUUGAACGGGUUUACGAAAGUCAACGACUUUACAGCAGCAUCUGACCUCGUACGCGAGAUGGAAGAAAGCGGAAUCGGGCUUAAUGUGGCCACAUAUAACACGAUGAUCAACAUGCUUUGUUGUAACGGGAUGGUUAACGAGGGUUUGAAGGUGAUGGCGAAGAUGGUGGUCAAAGGGGUGAAACCGGAUGCGAUCACUUUGAACGUGAUGAUAUAUGGGUGUUGUAAGUGUGGUCGGGUUGAUCUCGUUGGUCAACUGUUGGAAGGGAUGCGACAAGAAGGUUGGCGGGCCGAUUUGGUUACGUACACGAGUCUCGUGUAUGGGAUGUGUGAGUCGGGCGGCGUCGAAGAAGCCGAGGAAUGGGUUGGGAGAAUGGUGAAGGAUGGGGUUUAUCCAGACAUGGGGAUAUGGAGUGUUUUGGUUAGGUGUUUGUGGAGCGAGAUUGGGUAUGAAGGUGCAACAGAUUUGGUUGAUAGCAUCUUGGUGAAUUGAAAUUUGCAUGUGGAACUCAUUUC